GAUGAGGAUUGGCAAAUGUAAUGCAUUUCGCAAUGUCUUUUUGCAAAGGCUUUCCCCGGGUUGGCCAAGUAUUACAACACUUCUGGUGUAAUGUUGCAUUGUAAAUUUUCCGACUUAUGUGUUUCCAUUUUAUCAUUCUCCACAAACCUGAAAAUUGUUGGACACAUGCAGACGAGGAUAUCUAUUAACAUAUUUUGGUCAUGUUUAAUCUCACCAGCCGUUUAGUUCAAGCGAAGGAGGCCAGUAAUCCGGCCUCUCAUCACGAGGAUGAAACGGUGAAAGCCGGAAGACAAGCAGAAGAAAGUCUAAUCAAAGACCUUGUCCAUAAAGCCGGAGUGCCGUCCUCAUGCAUCUACCAAGGUCUGAGAGUUCCCGAUACAUUCCAGACGAGACGAUAUGAAAUAGAUGUUGUCAUUUUAACAGAGUAUGGAAUCUACUGCAUUGAGGUAAAAAACUGGUCUGGGAAGAUAUCAUUGAGCAAAAACGGCAAAUCAUGGGUCCGACAAAAAAACAUCAAAGACUCUAACACUCAGUCAAGUGUAACCUACGAUGAAUCACACACUAAUAUCCUCCAAGAACUCAAAUCUAAGACUCAGUUAAUCAGGAACCAUCUGCUGAGGAAUGAAGCCUGUCUGGCAGAGAAAUUCUUCUUCUCCAGGGUAGUUUUGAUGAAUCCCAAAUCGGAGUUGGAUAAUUCGUUGUGGAAAGAGAAUGAGAUCGUGACCCCCGAUAGGUACCCGUUGUUCCUGGAUUCGCUGAAGUCGAGCUACUCAGGCAAGGUGGCCGGGUCUAUUGUCCCUUCUUUUAUCACAGGUCAGUUAUCAUACAGCGCUAUGGAAUCGGCCAGGCAUGCGUUAAACCAAAUAGGAACUUGGGACAUAGUGCAUUUACAUGGUGGAAAACAAAUAAUCGGUGACUACAAGGGAAAUAAAGACCUCAUUCUGAAUAGGAAGACAGCAUCUCGGAUGGAGUUCAAACAUCAGCGUAGCUCAGUCCUUGGAUCUCUUUGGGCAGUCAUGGGAUUCACUCCUCAGGUGGCAGUGACGAUCUACAAGCGUGGAGGAGAAGGUUGGUUAUGGAAUGCCACUUGUGCCCAGGUCAGUGUGUCGUAUGAUGCUGAAAUCUCAUUUCGAGCCGCUGGAGCGGAGGUCGACGCCAAGAUACAGGCUAAUGAUAUUGAAAGCAUCACCUUGAGCACGUAGCUACUUUCUGGUGAUGAGGUUGGUUUUAAAUUUCAAUCCAAUGACAUUCAUUAUGAGUAUGCACCUACAUCAGGGUGAAAAGGUUGGCUACUAAAUGCAACCUGAUGACUUUGAAAGUAACAUCUGGAAUCUGAAGUGCAUAGCUAUAUCUUGGGGAUGAGGAUGGUUCUACAUUGAAGUAUCUGGAGCUCUUUCUACUAGCUAUACCCUAGCAAAGAGGUUAAAUUUCAACCCAAGAAUUUGAAACUAUCAUUUUGAGCACAUGCACAUUCAUCCGGUAACGAGGUUGCUUCUACAAUGUAAAAUACAACCCAAUGACGUUGAAAGUAUUUCAAGCAUGCAACACAGCAGCAUCAUGGGAAAGAGGUUGAUUCUGAAAUACAGUUCUACAGGGAAUAAUUCGAGUUUACAGAUUUGAAUAGCAUUUUUAAUCAUAAAAGAAAAGCUCUCAACUGAGUAAUAUGCUGUACAAAAUGCUUUAUGCAUAGCAGUCUUUCAAAAAUGUAGAGCGAAUUGCGAUGCUUUACCAGGAAAAUUAUUACCUGGUCCUAUGAAGUACAUACAUUUUUUGGCAUGUAAAUGUAAAUGUGCACCGAGCUAUGGAGAUACUAGUCACAUAUUUGAUAUACAUCAACCUACAUGUACAAGUAGCUAGCUGCUCGACCCUGGAGAAGAGGUUGGUGAUAAGAUACUUGCACACCAGUGACAUUGAAAAUGUGACAUCUUGAGCACACAUGUUGCUGCUUCUGGUGGAACAGUUAGUUUUCAUAUACUCGUUUUGUACUAGUCAUCUCAAAAUUGGAAGUAUCGUCUUGGCCGGCACUUAUUAACUGCAUUUUCAGGAAGAGAAUGAUCAUGGUAGAAAUCCAAGAUAGGCCUAUUAGCAUCGAAAGAUCUUUGUCCCAAUCUUUCUGUGCUAGAUGAGAGGUUGCUAUCAUUAUACAACUGAUGCUAAAUUGAUUAAAAAUAUCAAUGUCAUAUAUAAAUUCUAAAUGAACAUACAUAUAUGACCAUAUGGUUUCAAUGUUAUGUAACCAGAAUUGUUGCAGAAAUAUUUCACUUGCAUUAUUUGGAUACCGUUACACACUUAUAAUAAAUACCUUUCAAACACUUUCUCUACUAAAUUUUAAAAUCUAUUUUAUUCAUGACCUACUAAAUGCUGCCAAAAAUGUAUAUUAUAUUGACACGAUACUGAUAUCGAAACCUUUAUUAGUCCUCUUUCAUACAUGUACAUGUAGUUAUAAAUGAAUUGUAAUAAUCUUGUGCUAUAUAGUCUGACCUCGUGUAGAUCUUUGGUACAAUUUUCAUGUUUUUUAUCUUGAAUACAUACAAAAUGGUGCCAUUAUUUGUAUUCCAGAAUUAGAUAUUAGUGACCAACUGAAAUAGAUACUAUUUGCACUCAAUAUUUGUAUUUUUAGAAAAAAAAUCUGAUUAUUCUUUUAUUAUCUUAUUUCAUUAUUCAUAUAUCUCUCUUCUCACAUGUAAUAUAUUUCCUCUCUCUUUUCCUGUAAUGUUUCCUCAUUAAGAUAUAUGUCAAUGAUGUGUAAAUGAUCGGUCAUUCCAAAUAUGCACACAUGCACAACAUUUCACCAUUUCUACCUACAUAUAUUUGUAUAUGUUUAUGUCUAAACGAAUUCAAUUUUUUUGUGUCAUGAGAUAUUUUUGUAAAAAAUUUGUAAAUAUAUAUAUACAAUUAAAAUACAUGUAAAAUCACAUUUUAAUGUGAUGACGUUUGUACACAGGUAAUUGCAUGUUAUAUAUUUUGGUUAUACUGCAUCAUAUUGCAUUAAUUAGAGAGACUGAUAAUUGGUGGGAGAAAUUUACUAUCACCAUUGGUCUUAAAGGUAUUGUAUAACUUUGUGAGCAGCCGAUUUAAAAAAUUCUCAAACCAAGAUGAAACAUGUGUACAAGUGCAUGUAUUAGAACUAAU